UGAGAGCAGACAGCCUGCGGCAGAAAGACGGCAAAGAUCCGCUGCUGGAAUAACCCGGGUUAAUUAUCCUGCCUCACCCGGGUUAGUUAUCCUGCUUUUGGGCCUGGUUUAUUCUGUCUCCUCUCCUCCUCCUCCUCGGACUCCAGGGGAUGGAGGAAUGAUCAUCACAGACCCCCCUUCGCCUCCUCCUCCUCCUCCUCGUCCUGCUGCUCUCCUCGGCCAGUGUCCGUGUCUCUGCCCGGGAUGAGAGCCUCUCUGCUCGGACAGGCUGCGCUGUUUGCGGCGCUGUGGACCGUCGGCACCUGCCUGACAGGCUCUCACUCAUGUCCUCGGAGUCUGGACUGUGCCCGAGCAGGACGACACUUCUGUCAGCCGGGCAGCUCGCACUGCGGGCCGUGUCUCCACCCUUUGGUAGAGAACUCCCAUGGGCACUGUGUGGUGAAGAGGAAGCACAGUUCUCACUCUGCUAAGUCUACUAAAGCGAAGACGAGCCCCUACCCUGAGCUGGACGAGGAGAUCGACUUUCUCUCUGCCAUCAUCAGUGAGCAGAGAACAGAGUCCAGAAUGUCAGCUCCACCUGCCCAGGACGUUCCAAAGCCUGAAUCCAAACAGCCCAGUGAGCCUGGUCCUGCCCAAAAUGAGUCCACCACACAGCUGCCUACAAGUCCAAGCUCCCUGUUCACCAGCGUGCCCCUUACUCCAUCUACCACCUCCACAAACCACACCCCAGCUCUGCUCAGAGACCCCAUCAUUGUCCCCUAUCCGUCCAACGACCAUGUCUUCAUCGUCAUGAGCAGCAUCUUCAUCGUGGCCGGCUCCAUGGCGCUGAUCAUCGCAGGGGCCUGUUGGAUCAGAUUGCAGAAAAGUGUGCAUCUGACACAGAAGAUGGAAUACCCGGUCUACGGACUCAUGAGAGCCCAAACCUUUGACAACAUGCCCGGGGAUAAGAAGCUGGCCCACAGCGCUCAGAUGUACCACUACCAGCACCAGAAGCAGCAGAUGCUCUCCCUGGAAAAACAAAGGGACGAGCCAAAAGUUCCUGACUCUGGAGCAUCGACAGACGAGGAGAAUGAUGAUGGAGAUUUCACGGUCUAUGAAUGUCCAGGUCUGGCUCCGACGGGGGAGAUGGAGGUGAAGAACCCACUGUUUGACGACUCCACCCUUUACUUCCAGAGGUUCCCUAAGUAAACCCUGGACUCUUGAGAUGAUUCCCGCUCUCAAUGCAGCAUUUGUGUGUGAUCUUAAUUACACACAUUACACACUGUUCACGUUACCUGUGCUCAGUGUCCAGCCUUUAUAACGGACGCUACGAAGAGUGUAACGUUAAUGUGGAAAGAGGAAGAAGAGGACCUUUAAAGGAAGUUUCAUGGCUGCUCAAAACAGGACUGAAUCUGGGACCAACGUCGCCCGUACAGCAAGAUCCUCUUUUUUCUAUCAUGACUCCCUUUUUUUAUUUUCUGUCCUCACUUUAGUUAGUUUGUUAUGUUUCUACUCUAAUAGGACAGACUCACAGUUAGGAUAUUCUGCUAUUGAGUUUUUAUCAGGGUGGUUUCACAUUAGGGACCUGGGUUUAGAUCCAGGUUGAGACCACAGUGUGGUUCAUUUGAUCAUUCUGAACACAGAGCUGCGUUUCCAACAGGUGGUCCAGUUUUACUGAGUACAGUUUGGUAUGGUUUGGUAAGCUAACCCCAAAAUAGUUUGUGUUUCUACAGACACCCGUACCCUCACUUGGUGAGUGGACUGUAGAGGGUAUGCAUGUGACGACACAGGAGGCGUGUGUCUGUUGUCCCAGCCGCUGAAAUCAGUAGGGAAUAAGCGGUAAAGAGCUUUAUUUCAGCUGUAAACUGCUAUUUUUUUAAUAACCACUUCUUAACCAUGUUAACUGUGGUAGUACAGAUCCUCAUCAGGAGUCGUAAUGCUACAUUGAUUUAGCCACAAGAUGAAGCUGGUCCAUUACAGUAGAUACCACAAGCAUUCAGUUAGUGAUGAAUAUAAUCUAAGCUCAACCUCUUACCUUAAAGGAAAAUUAAGACCUUAAAUAAAAGCAGAUCAAACAUAUGGGGAAAUAAGGUGAGGGCAUCUAAUGACAACAGCUUAUGUUUUAUAGUUAUAUAAAAGGUCCUGCAGUGUCUGCUUAACGUGGCGGAUUUUAUUGGGGAAAGACAUCCCUGUUUUUUUUGUUUUGUUUUUUGUUUUCAAGACAACCU